UUGACGUUUUGUGUCAACAAAAAUCGAAUCGAACACAAAUCUGUGACACAGUCCAAUGACUAGAAGAGUGAAACACAAUUAAUCAGCUAUCUAUAUUCGUGCACCUAGAGACUGUGUCAUAGUUUACUUUAAUUAAUUACUUUUUUCUUUGUCUCGCCCAUGUUUUACCGUCAUUGCACAUUGUAUCAUCAGUUUGUGGUGCUAUUGCCAAGCUAAAAUUUGCUACAUUCAGGAAUAUUUGUUCUGCAAAAUGUCCUUGGAAACGAUGUAAAAAGCAGAGAAGCCUUAUUAGGAAAAUUUUUCUCUCCAGUUUUCCGUGCAUGGAAAGCGAAAUUAACCGUAUCGCACGCUGGUAAAUAAUAAAUGCUCGCAAACGGCAGCGUGUACCGAAGGGCAUAAUACUGCGGAGCUGAAUUGAAGAAAUGUCAAUAACGGGCAAUUAUGACCACUAUCACCGGAGUGGUACCGGUGGUCCGGAUCGGCCGGAACGAUGCGUUUGCUGCGUGCGGACGAUGAAGUGGUUCCCAGUGCUGUUCAUCGUAGCGGUCAUUGCAUGGUCUUACUAUGCCUUCGUAGUGCAACUUUCCUUUUUUACUGUUACCAGCGUUGUGCAGAGAAUUUUGUUCCUGCUCUUCUAUCACCUGAUACUGACAAUGUUCCUGUGGUCCUAUUAUCAGACCGUAUUCACGGAUAUCGGACGAGUACCUUCCAGGUUCCGAGUGCCCCGUACCGAGCUCGAUCAGCUGCUGCGAGCCCAAAGCGAGGAGGAACAAAAGCAGAUCCUGGAGUCGUUCGCCAAGGAGCUCCCCAUCGUGACACGUACCCUGAACGCGUCGGUACGUUUCUGCGAGAAGUGUCGCCUAAUCAAACCGGAUCGAGCCCACCACUGUAGCGUGUGCGGCGUUUGUGUGCUUAAGCUCGAUCACCACUGCCCGUGGGUGAACAAUUGUAUCAACUUUACCAACUACAAAUUUUUCAUCCUGUUCCUUGGGUAUGCGCUGCUGUACUGUUUGUACAUUGCCUUCACCACGGUCAUGUACAUGGAGCUCAUCUGGAGUAUGAGCGGAAGAGAGGUGAGAGGGAGACGAAAUUUUGCAGAUAUAUUUCAUGAAUAUAAUGAUUUUUUUGUCUUUCAGGGCAAAGUCGACGGACGGUUUCACAUUCUGUUCUUGUUCUUCGUUUCGUUGAUGUUUGCAAUCAGUUUGGUUAGUUUAUUCGGUUACCAUUGCUAUUUAGUCUUCCUGAAUAGGACUACUCUAGAAUCAUUCCGUACCCCAAUCUUUCGGCACGGUGGGCCGGACAAAAACGGAUUCCAUUUAGGUAAAUUGAACAACUUCCAGGAGGUUUUUGGUGAUGACCGAAGACUGUGGUUCCUGCCAAUCUAUACUAGCCUUGGGGACGGCAUGGUGUACCCGGUCAGACCGUCCCAUUUGAUGUCCCCAAGCGUGACACCGGCGCAGUCGUCAGAAUUCAGCGCUUCCACGCGUGUCACCAUGACGAGGGACGAUCUCGACGACGAUGAACAACAGACGAGGCUAGAGACGGUCGAUGAACGCCGUCAACAACAACCGCAGCGAGCUCACUUCAAUCAUCAACUACACAAAUAGCGUCCGAACGGAGUUAGGAGCGAAUCUAAGAGUCCAAAGAUCUUGUGUGGAAGCCUGAUUAUUUCUGGAAGAUUUGUCAUCGGAGACUUACAAUCUAUCAUCAACAAUGUUCUGUUGUGAUCAGCAAUCAGUUGCGGUGCAAUGACGCAUAUCGCGGCGGAUUGAGGCAAUCAUAUUCAAUGAUUUGAAUAAGAGAUAGGAAAAAAAGGCAUGCUUAAGUGUUAAGUAACCGUUAAGUUGGAAUAAUUAUAUUUGCUUUUUCAACUAUGCUUUUAACAUCUGGAUAUCGGAAGCUGUAAUGUAUGUCUUAUAUGUUCUAGUGAAUUAUAUCUACUGUGAAUCUAUUUCGAGACAUUGACCCGGUGAGAAAUGAGUGUGUUCCUAUCGAAUCAGCAAUAUUUUUGGAGCUGUACUUACAGUAGGGUUAAUUGAUGUAUUAUCAAAUCGAACAAAAUAAAGAGAGGAAAUCACAACUGCGAUAAACAAACUACUUCAGGAAAAUAAAUGAAACGAAUAGAUGAACGCAUAUCUAGGUGAUAUAGAAAAACAAACGAAACAAACAACAAAUAGUAUAUAGAGUUUCGUUGGCUAAUCUAAGUACGGUAAUUAGUGGUAAAGCUUUAUAUUUGUAGGAUAGAAAAUUGUCACAUCGUAAUCAUUGGAGAGAAACUAGAUGCAAUCCUAUACAUACAAACUAUCAUCAGCACAUUGAGAACGAAUAAAAUGAAACUCGCCUUUAA